AUGGAGGACCAACGACAAUAUGUGUACGGGCAGAGUUUCAUGGCGAGGAACUUCGAACGGGUGUUGGACCGCCUCAGGGGCGUCGAGACUUCAGUCAAUACUUCGACGUUCGGCCGUGUCUUUCGACUCGGUGGAUGUGGUCAUCCCCAAGAGAUCCAAGAUGCCAGCUUCUAUACAGAAAUUCGAGCCGGUCUCACGACGUUCGCCACAAUGGCAUAUAUCAUCGCCGUCAAUGCAGAUAUACUGUCGGAAACCGGCGGCACUUGCACGUGUCAGCCACCAUUUGGUCCGAAAGACACUUGCGCCAACGAAGCAGAAUACCAAUCCUGCGCGAACGUGGUCAAGCAGGACCUCAUAACAGCGACAGCGGCAUUAUCUGGACUCGCCAGCAUCCUCUUUGGCUUCUUCACUAAUCUGCCCGUGGCAUUGGCUCCAGGUAUGGGCCUUAACGCCUACUUCGCCUACCAAGUCGUCGGCAUUCGAGGCCAGGGCCCCGUGCCAUACUCGCUAGCCUUGACCGCAGUCUUCGUAGAGGGAUUUAUCUUCAUUAUCCUCGCUCUGACCGGCAUGCGACACUGGCUUGUGAAGAUAAUCCCAGGAACGAUCAAGACUGCAAGUGGCGUAGGAAUUGGAUUAUUCCUCACCAUGGUGGGAAUGUCGUACGCCGAGGGCAUCGGCAUCAUCACUGGAAACCCCAAAACGCCAUUGGCCAUUGCGGGUUGCGAUCCUGCCUAUCUCGACCUCAAGACGGGCGCUUGUAUGAGCCACCUCAUGACUAGCUCAAAGAUGUGGCUCGGAAUCAUGUGCGGUGGGCUCCUGACGGCUUUCUUGAUGGCCUUUCGGGUCAAGUCAGCAAUUAUCAUUGGGGUGGCUCUUGUCUCGAUCCUAUCGUGGCCCCGUAGCACUCCCUUUACCUAUUUCCCGAACACAGUGGAAGGUGACGAACGCUUCGAGUUCUUCAAGAAAGUUGUCAGCUUUCAUCCCAUCACCCACACCCUCAACGCACAGCAGUGGGACCUGUCAGGCAAUUACGGAGCCAGCUUCGCUCUUGCGCUAUUCACGUUCUUGUAUGUGGAUAUCAUCGACUGUACAGCCACGCUGUACUCCAUGGCACGCUUCUGCAACAAGACGCGAAAGGGAGACGGUGACUUCCCAAGGUCGACGGUAGCUUACUGCACUGAUGCUGCGUGUAUCUCCAUUGGGUCUCUUCUCGGCUGCUCGCCAGUCACGGCCUUCAUUGAAAGUGUCAACUGGCGCUAUGUUGGCGAUGCUAUUCCAUCUUUCGUGACCAUAGCUUUCAUUCCCUUCAGCUACAGUGUCGCAUACGGACUGAUCGCUGGCCUUUUCGUAUACACAGCUCUGAAUAGCAUGAUAUGGGCAGUGAUGACCCUCAGCCGCGGCAGUCUCGAGCCAAAAGAUUACCAGUACAAAGAGUACUGGACAUGGAAGCCCGCCGGAGAAAAACCAUGGAUCGUGCGGGUCUUCAGUAAGGGCAAGUUUUGGGAGGACGAGCGGAGACGACAGCACCGGGCAGAGGACGAAGGUGCAAAGCAUCACGACGAAUUUGCCAUGUCUGAGAUCGAUCUCGAUAGCACACGCACUUCGCAUAUCGGCACGUCGUUUGCUGCCUCAGCCCACAGAGCCUCAGCGAUGCCGUCCGAAGGCCACAGAGAGGGGAGCGUGAGAGAAACCCACGAGAUGGACGUUGUCAUCCCACAGCAGGUGGUCAUUGCGUCUCAGAAGUAG